UGAUCUUUAUUCAUCUUUACAACUCACCACAUUCAAAAACACCAUCUUCAUUGUUCAUCAUGAUCUGGAAUACACUGCCGUUAGAAAUCUUUGAGAUCAUCCUCACCUACCUUGAUCUUGGCAGCAUCAAGGCCCUACGUCUAGUUCAUCGGACGUUCAGCGAAAGAUCCAUCGGCCCAUACUUCCUAAGCUUCCUUCGCCAGCCGGACACGGACUUAUCAGAGCAUAGUCUAAAGUCGCUGCGGGCGCUAGCAUUACACCCCAGGCUGAAAUUAAAAGUUCACACGUUGACCAUCCGCGCGGCUUGCUUUGACUCCUCGGAGGCCAAGAAGAUCCUGAAAACUAAAAGAAAGACCAUUACAGAGAGCCAUGGCGCGUUCAUGAUAUCUGAGCGGGAGGAGUGCUCUCCUGAGGAGCUGUCGGAAGUCCAAGCUGAUUUGGACUGGGUCAAGGCACAUAGGAACAUACAAAAUGCCGAAUCGCAAGAGGCCGUCAUUGAUUGUCUACAGUCCGCUCUUUGGCAUACGAUGUCCCGAUUGAGGAUAUUACCUCCUACAUAUCUAGUUUCAGUGGGGAUGACCUCCGUGUGAUUGGAGCAUCGAUCGAGACACUGAAACUGAGCAUGUCCAUGAAGGAUGAGAAAGAACCGGAGGAAACGGAUGCGAAAGACAUUGACUCAGACGAUACUGACAAAGAAGAGACUCAAGACAAAGGCAAAACUCCAGAAUCCGACAAGGCCAGCGGAACUCAAACAGCAUCUGAGGAUGAGAUGCCUGGAAUCGCAAGUCUGUUUCAGGUAUCUCCGAUUCUG